CCAUCGCUCGUUGUGUUUUUCUUCUUUCUUCUUCCUCUUCUUCCAGCCAUAAUAAUUUCUAUAGCAAAACAAUAUCCAUUCCGUGUUUCCCUUAGGAACUCCCGAGAAGCCUCCACCUGAGAUCUGUUCGGGUUUCUAGUUUUAGGGUUUUCCCUUCGAUGAGUCUCUCUAUUAAGUUUAGCUCCGAGUGAUGAAACCAAUCUCCGUAGCAGAGCUGUUCGAUCCUGUGGCUGGUGUUUUGUCUCCCUGAGACACGGCGAGUUCCCAAGUUUCCAUCUUUUCUUGUCUGAAUGAAUCUCAGAUUAGUUCAUCACUUGUUUGCUAACAACUGGCUUGGAUAGAGUUAACAACGACGAGAUCAACUUUUUUUUUUUUUUGUAAACUGUGUCUGAUUCUCUGCAAUGUCUGAACUAAAAGAGCGCCUACUUCCUCCGAGACCUGCUUCAGCUUUGAACCUCAGAGAUGCUGCUGCUGCUGCUGCGUCUCGCUCUUCCGCUUCCGGAAGGACUUCCCUUCUCGGAGUCGACGUCUUGGGUCUCAAGAAGCGUGGUCAAGGCCUGCGUUCUUGGAUCCGCGUCGAUACUUCUGGCAACACACAGGUCAUGGAGGUCGACAAGUUCACUAUGAUGCGUAGAUGCGACUUGCCCGCUCGCGAUCUACGCCUCCUCGAUCCUUUGUUCGUAUAUCCCUCGACGAUCCUCGGCCGAGAGAAGGCCAUCGUCGUGAACUUGGAGCAGAUCCGUUGUAUCAUCACUGCUGAUGAGGUUCUGCUCCUCAACUCUCUCGACAACUACGUCCUGAGGUAUGUUGUUGAGUUGCAGCAGAGGCUGAAGACUAGUGGUGUAGGUGAGAUUUGGCAGCAGGAUAAUAAUAAUAAUGGCGGUGGCCAGUUGAGUAGGAGGAGGAGGAGUUUUGAUAAUAGCUUUGAGAACUCAUCUCCUGAUUAUUUGCCUUUUGAGUUUAGAGCUCUCGAGAUCGCCCUCGAAGCUGCUUGUACCUUUCUAGAUUCCCAGGCUUCAGAGUUGGAGAUUGAGGCAUACCCUUUACUAGACGAGCUUACAUCAAAGAUCAGUACACUAAACCUGGAACGUGUGCGUAGGCUAAAGAGCAGACUUGUAGCACUCACGAGGAGAGUCCAGAAGGUUAGGGAUGAGAUAGAGCAGCUGAUGGAUGAUGAUGGAGAUAUGGCGGAAAUGUAUCUCACGGAGAAGAAGAAGAGGAUGGAAGGAUCUUUGUACGGUGACCACCAAUCCUUACUGGGAUACAGAUCGAACGACGGUCUAUCUGUUUCUGCGCCGGUCUCUCCUGUGUCUUCUCCACCUGAUUCACGUGGUAGACUCGAUAGAAGCGUGAGUAUUGCUAGGAGCAGACAUGACAGUGCGAGGAGUUCAGAAGGCGUGACAGAGAAUAUAGAAGAGCUGGAGAUGUUGCUGGAAGCUUACUUUGUCGUCAUUGAUAGUACUCUUAACAAACUGACAUCCUUAAAGGAGUACAUUGAUGAUACUGAAGAUUUCAUUAACAUACAACUGGAUAACGUGAGGAAUCAGCUGAUCCAGUUCGAGUUGCUUCUGACGACAGCAACAUUUGUGGUAGCCAUAUUUGGGGUGGUGGCAGGGAUAUUUGGAAUGAACUUUGAGAUAGACUUUUUCACUCAGCCAGGUGCAUUCAGAUGGGUACUUAUCAUUACUGGAAUCUGCGGCUUUGUCAUAUUUUCCGCGUUUGUCUGGUUCUUCAAGUAUAGAAGACUCAUGCCACUAUGAGAUAGAGGACAUGAUGAAUGUAGACAGACCACCAGCUCUUUUCAUUAUUAUUACAGUAUGUUGCUUUACAUGAUAGACUAAUGAUUUGUUUCCUUUGCACACACAAUUAAACAUUACCAAAUGCAAAUGUGAUAAAAUCUUUUUGUCA